GCAUUUCCUAGCGCCCGAGCCAUGGUGGCCAAACAGCGCAUCCGGAUGGCUAACGAGAAGCACAGCAAAAACAUCACCCAGAGGGGGAAUGUAGCCAAAACCCUGAGGCCGCAAGAAGAGAAAUAUCCUGUGGGACCAUGGCUGUUGGCACUGUUUGUUUUUGUUGUCUGCGGCUCAGGGGACACGGGUUCAAGCCCUGGUCCAGGAAGCCACGCCUUCACCUGGCAGGCUCAGCCACUCACGUUGGUCUUGACCUUCCAGAGAGCUGUAGACCCCGCCUCUCCACUCCCAGGAGAAGUGAGCCUUGUGGAGAAGGGUUCGGAGGCCUCCCCAGAGCUCUGUGAUGAGUAUGCCGCUGUGCAUCAGUAA